CAUUAACUGUUAAACCAAUUGCAUAAAAUUCCGGAUUUCUUUCGACAGAUUGCAUGUUAAACGCCUAAAUCUACCGAUAUGCUGAGCAAAACUUCUUUAAUUGGUGCCAUGGUGCGAAGGUCCUUUGGAACCAGUCAGAUGAUGAGGGAGACGAUCAAAAACCACGAGCCCAACAACCUGGAGCGCAAAAUGUUGGUCUGGACCGGUAAAUAUAAGACAGCGGCCGAAGUUCCCAAUUUUGUUAGUCAGGAUGUCAUGGAGCGCUGUCGCAACAAAAUGCGCAUUCGGCUCGCCAAUAUAAUGAUCGCACUUACAGCUGUUGGCUGUGCCAUAAUGGUAUAUAGUGGCAAACAGGCCGCCAAACGAGGAGAAUCAGUAACUAAGAUGAAUCUUGAGUGGCACAAGCAAUUUAAGGAUCCCCAGGAGAGCGAAGGAUCUGCCCCGGCCGCCAAAUAGAACACACACCAAAGUCGCACCUCCACCUAAAGGGAAACCGCUCGCCGAGAAACAUUUCAAUCUUCAAAGAACAUUUAAGAGAUUAAAUUGUACUCUUAGGGCUGUUCACUCGUCCGCAAAUUAAAUUUAAAUCAUUUU